CUCACUGACCAUGGCCAUGCAUGAACCUUCCAGAAGCACCACAGAGUUUUCAGACACAGCAAGCAUAUAUACACACAGAGACACAGAGAGAGAGAGAGAGAGGCUGUCAGUACUGACAGAGCUCAAGGGCCAGCAAGAUUAGCAUUCACUGGUUCUUUCCUGCUCAUUUGCAGGUAGGAUAAAAAAAAGGCUCCGACGACCGGACCCCGUGGUCUUCUCCGGCGCCGGCGAGAUGUACCUGGUGAGGGACAUCGGCGGCGCCAUUGCGCUGAUGGCCGUGUCGCUGGUGCUGCUGGGCACGUGGCCGGUCGUGCUCGCCGUGCUGGAGCGCCGAGGGCGGCUGCCGCAGCACACCUACCUGGACUACUGCAUCACCAACUUCCUCGCCGCGCUCCUCGUCGCCCUCACCUUCGGCCAGAUCGGCGGAGACACGCCGGAGACGCCCAACUUCCUCACUCAGCUCACCCAGAUGCAGGAUAACUGGCCUUCAAUCUUGUUCGCGAUGUCAGGCGGUGUCUUCAAUGGCCUCGGGACGCUGGCAACGCAGUACGGGUGGGCGUUCGUCGGACUCUCGGUCACCGAGGUCAUGGCCUCAAGCCUGAAGGUUGUCAUAGGGACAACACUGAACUAUUUUCUCGACGGCCGGAUCAACAAGGCAGAGAUUCUUUUCCCCGGUGUCGGAUGCUUUCUGAUUGCAGCCUGCCUUGGGUCUCUUGUUCACUCUUCCAAUGCUGCUGACAACCAGGAGAAGCUGUCUAGUGCCAUGGUGAACCACACCAACACCAAUGGGGACACUAAAAAUGAAGAACUCACCAAGCAUCUUCUUGACAAAGAUGAGCCCAAGGACUCUGAAGAAAUAAAGUCUGAUGUAUCACUAGCUGCCCAAGCCGUGGAAAAAUUAGAGGCAGGAACAGCUGAUUUCCUAGUUGACCUUGAAGGGAAGAGAUCUAUUAAAGUCCUCGGAUCGAACACCUUCCUCGGCCUCGGGAUCGUCGCCUUCGCCGGCGUCAGCUACUCCCUCUUCUCGCCGGCGUUCAACCUGGCCACCAACGACCAGUGGCACACCCUGCGGGAGGGCGCCCCCCACAUGGUGGUCUACACCGCCUUCUUCCACUUCUCCGCCGCCUGCUUCGCCGUCGGCGUCGCCCUCAACGUGUGGUUCCUCUACCGCCCCAUGGUCGGCGUGCCGAGGUCGUCGCUGGCGGCGUACCUGCGCGACUGGAAGGGCAGGGACCUCGCCCUGCUCGCCGGCAUGGUGUGUGGCCUCGGCAACGCCUUCCAGUUCAUGGCUGGCCAGGCUGCUGGCUACGCUGCUGCUGAUGCUGUCCAGGCGCUGCCGCUGGUGAGCACGGUGUGGGGGAUCGUGCUGUUCGGCGAGUACCGGAGAUCGUCGCGGCGGACGUACACGCUGCUGGGGAGCAUGCUCUUCAUGUUCGUCCUCGCCAUGGUCAUCCUCAUGGCCUCCUCGGCCCACCGGAAGCCGCUCUGACGGCCAUGGCCAUGGCCAUGGUCGAAGAGCAUGACAAGAAUUGAAGCUGCCGCCGCCUCCUAUGGCUCCUCGCGAUCGACCUUCUCGAAGUAGUCCUUAUAUGUAAUGAGAAACCAUGGGAGAGUGUAGAUUGGAGGUGUAAUUGAACUCUCUAUAUAUACUUAUAUACGCAUAAAUAUAUAUAAUUACGAGCGCUAGCUACGUAUCUUUUUGAA